AUGAACGACAUAUGUUAUCGUUGUUCUAUAACUAAAAAAGAAUUAAAAGAAGAAAAUUAUUUAUUUUUUGAUUCUUAUUUUUUGAAUGAUUAUAGUAACGAUGAAAAAGAGUUAAGCGGAAAAAAUAGUACAAAUUUUUUAGACAAUAAUAAGGAAUUUUUUUUAGAGUACUUAAAGAAUAAAGAAAAAAGUGAAAAUAAUGAUAUAGAAGAAGUUUAUAAAAAUGUUUAUAUGAACUUAUAUUUAUGCAAAAUGUGUAAUGGCUUACACAACAUUGAUUUAAUAUUAUUUUAUAAUAAAAAUAGUGAAUUUCAUAAAAAUAUUAUUAAAACAAAUUUCUUAUUCAAUUUAGAAUAUAAAAAAAAAAUAAGUGAAAUUUUUGAAAAUAUAAAAAAGAUAUUUGAUAUUCUUGUAAAUAAUAUUGAUAUAAUAUUUUUUUUUUUAUAUCUACAUGAAGCAAAAAUCAUAAAAGGAAACCAAAACUUUACUAUAGAAAUGUUAAUGGAAUAUUUUGAAAAAAUAAAAGAAAAAAUUAUUAUUUAUGUAAAUUUGGAAAAUAAUCUCAUCAAAAAAAACAUUCAUAAGGUUUUUUCUUUUGUUUUAAUUUAUAUCUAUUUAAAUUUUUACAUUAAAAUAUAUAAUUCUUUGAAUAUAUGUGAUAAAAAAAGCAAUUUUCUAAUAAGCUUAUAUAAACACUCUGUAUUAAUUUUUAAAGCCCAUCUAAAUAAGAGAGAUUCAUUAAAAAUUAAUGAAAUAAAAAAAAUAAAAAAUCAAAAUAAAAGAAAAAAGAAAGAAUUUUAUAGAAAAAAAAAUAAAUUAAAUAAUGAAGAUGAAAGUGAAAUAAUUGACAGUGAUAAUGAAUAUGAAAAUUCUUGUAAUUUAAAAAAAAUAGAAGGAAUAAAAAGUGAUGAAACAAAAAUAAAUAAUAUAAACCCAUUAGAAGAGAAAGAAAAUAGUGAAUUAAUUACAAAAAAUUAUAUUUUCUUAAAUGUUGUUGAUAUUUAUAUAUCUUUUAAUAAUUUAUGUAUAUGUGGUUAUUAUAAUAAAUAUAACAAAGAAAUAUCACAAACGAAAUGGUUAGUAAACAAUUUAUCUAAAAGUGUUCUAUCAAUCGAAGAAUGCAUAUAUCAAAUUUUUAAGAAUGUUUUUUCUUCUUCUACAUGUAAAUUUAUUGGAUCUGGAAGAGAAGACAAAGACGUUCGGAUGAUGAAUGUAGGUAGACCAUUUGUUUUUGUAUUGAAAGAAACCAAAUUUUCUUUUUUAAAUUUUUAUUUAUUUUUCAUUAAGUUAAAAAAACUAAGGUAUUACAAUGAUAAUAACUGUGAAAUUAAAACAGUAGAAGAAUUAAACGAUUUCCUUAAAAAUAACACUCUUUUCAAUAUUAAUUCAUUAAAUAAUAAUAUAAAUGAUAAAGAGAAAUGUGAUUUAGAAAAAAAAAAAGAAAAAGCAAAAAUCCUUGAAGAAAUUAAUGACAUUUAUGCAUUAAUAAAAAAAGAAAAUACUAUUUCAUUAUAUGAUAUAGUAUCAAAUAAAACAAUAGAAGAACAAUCAAAAAAUAAAAUUUUUGAAGAAAAAAAAAUAGGUAAUUUUCAUAUAUCUUAUAGUUAUAAUAAAGAGAUAGAAGUGCUGCUAUCAAAAAACGUGGAAUCAAAUGAAGAAAUUUCUAAUAAGAAUAGUGAAGAAAUUAAUAGUGAUAUAAAAAGUGACAAUAAAUAUGGUGAAUCUGAUUAUUUCAAUUAUAAUGAAACAACUAUAAAUAUUAUUGAUAAAUAUGAUAUGAGUAAAAAAAAUUCUUUAUACAAUUUGAACGAUUUUGUCGAAGUUAAACUAAAUAAUGUUGCUUUUUGUACUAAUUAUUCAUUAAUAAAAAAAAUUAUGAAAUAUGGUGAAGAAAGAAAAAAAGCAUAUAAAUGUUUAAUAUAUCAUUCUUGUCGAAUGACUAAAGAAAAAAUACAAAAAAUUAAUGAGGAUGUUUUGAAUUAUGAAAAAAACAAUUCAUAUAUAAUUAAAGUUAGUCAAAAAACACCAAUAAGGGUGCUUCAUAGAAGAGGGUUAAUUAAGAGAGAGAAAAAAAUUUAUCAAUUUAAUUUAAUUUAUAUUCAUGAACAUUUUUCUUUAUUACAUUUAUUAGCCCAAUCAGGUAUGUAUAUAAAGGAAUUUGUUAAUGGGGAUAGAGGAAGAACUUUUCCUAACUUAAAAUAUUUUUUUGAAGAUCAUGCAUUUGUUAAUAUAUUAAAUUUAGAUGUCACAAAUUUAAUAUAUGAUUUUAAUUAA